AAAAUCCACUUUAGCUAGCUUAAGAAAAAAUUUAAAAAGACAUUGGUGACUCAUUGAAACUCCAAAAGGAAUAGAGAGAGCCAGGUUUACAGGCCAUGUGGCUAGGAACAAGCCCCAGGUUACCUUGUAGGGGUUUCUCCUGCCACUGCCCUGAGCACAUAUCUGGCAGCUUGCAACACUAAAUACUGAGCAUAGGAUGCCGCUAGUUCUCUUGUCCCUGGUGCCUCUGAAACAAGCUAUCUUCCCAACAUCCUGGAUUUUACCUGUUACCUCCUUAACUAUACCUUCUUCUGGAUCUAAGUCACUCGCAGGAAUCUCUCCUUCACAAAGCUCCAGCCACUUAUCUCUACCUUGGCUGAAAGGGAGGCUGUGAAAGAGAAUUUCUAGCUGUUUCUUUGGGGAGGCAGAAUUUGGAAAGAAAUUCCUUAAUUUAAGUCAGAGUAUAUUUUUUCUUUUUAAAGAUCCUCUGUUUUUAAUUUCUUUUCAACUGGUAUUUUAGAUUCAGGGUCUAAGAUUCAGGGUGCAUAUACAGGUUUGUUUCAAGGUUAUGUUGUGUGAUGCUGAGGUUUGGGGUGUGAUUGAACCUGUCAUCUAGGUAGUGAGUAUAGUACCCAAUAGGUAGGUUUUCGAUCCUUUUCUCCCUCCCCACCUCUCCCUUCUUAGCAAGAGGUUUUGAAAGAUGCUGAGCCAUUAAAGAACAUGACAAAUAUCCACUAGAGGCGUCUUCACACUUUAGGUUUGUGUAAUUUCUAUUUUAAUGGUACUUAUUUAGAAUAAUUGGUGGAAAGGAUCAUUUGAAUUAAUAAAAAGCUGAGUUAUGCCAAGAGAGCUCUGGACAAUGAAAAUGGAGAAAUGAACAAAGUGAUAAACCGAGAGCUAACCCUUCUUUUGCUUACUUAUUAAACAAGUAACUAUAUAUUUAAAAAGAACUAUGGAUAUUAGGCAGAGUGCUAAGUACAGGAGAUACAACAAUGAAGAAGAUAGACAAGACCCUAGCUCUUGAUCCCUUUAGGCUACAUGGACAGACAAGGAAGCAUAACGUGACAAGCAAAGUAAUCAGAUAUGAAUAGGGACACAGAGGAGGAACAACAAUUAGAAAAAAAACACCUUCCCUUUUUAUUAACAAGUGGAGCUUUCAUUCUGUGUCACAUGGAGAGCCAGGGUUCCUUUAUGAUCUAUUGAAAUAUGCACUCCCCUCCACCAUUUGCUGUCAACUUUAUAGGCCAAUAAAUUAAUUGUGGCAGAAGCUGGCUACCUCAGCCCAGUUACCUUUGCUCAGUGCUCCCUAUGAAUCACUGAGGGAGAGACACGAAACAAACGAGGUGAUGAGAUGGCGAGGAAGCUCAGUGUAUUGGAAGUCCUUCUGAUCAUCUUCUGCCUAAUUGUGGUGGCCAUAGAUAUUCUCUUGUUUCUUCUUGUAUUGGAUGAACUUUCAGAUAAUUCAUUUACUCCAGAGUGUCCAGAGAUUGACCAGUCGGACAGGAUAGACUGCACACCCGGCCAGGCGGUGACAGAGGAUACCUGCAGAUGGAAAUAUAGGUGCUGCUGGUCGCCUGUGGCGGAUGCCAAUGUCCCUAGGUGCUUCUUCCCCAGGAACUGGGGCUAUGAAGCCAGGAAUGGCCAUACAAGUACAAGCACAAGAUUUACUGCCCAGUUGAAAAGGUUGCCAUCCCCAUCUCUGUUUGGAUAUGAUGUUGCCACCACCCUUUUCACAGCUGAAUAUCAGACAUCCAAUCGGUUUCAUUUUAAGAUCACUGACUUUAAUAACAUACGCUAUGAAGUUUCCCAUGAAAAUGUUAAGACAGCUAAUAGCACUGUUAAUGCCACCAAUUUGAGCUAUUACAUGGAGGUUACUGAUAAACCUUUCAGCAUCAAAAUAGUGAGGACAAGCAACGGAAGAGUCUUGUUGGACACGAGCAUUGGGCCCCUCCAGUUUGCCCAGCAGUACCUGCAGCUGUCUUUCCGACUGCCCAGUGCCAAUGUGUAUGGGCUGGGAGAACAUGUGCACCAGCAAUACCUCCACAACAUGACCUGGAAGACCUGGCCCAUCUUCACCCGGGAUGCCACCCCCACUGAGGGCAUGAUUAAUCUGUACGGAGCUCAUACAUUCUUCUUAUGCCUUGAAGACACCAGUGGCUCCUCUUUUGGAGUGUUUCUGAUGAACAGUAAUGCCAUGGAGGUUACCCUUCAGCCAGCUCCUGCGAUCACUUACCGCACAAUUGGGGGCGUUCUUGACUUUUACGUAUUCCUAGGAAACACUCCAGAACAAGUGGUUCAGGAAUACUUGGAGCUUGUUGGACGGCCAUUCUUGCCUUCCUAUUGGAGUCUUGGGUUCCAGCUUAGUCGCAGGGAUUAUGGUGGCAUCAACAAAUUGAAAGAAGUUGUAAGCCGAAAUCGUUUAGCUGAGAUACCGUAUGAUGUCCAGUACUCUGACAUAGACUACAUGGAUGGAAAGAAGGAUUUCACUGUUGAUGAAGAUGCUUACCCUGGUCUCUCAGAUUUUGUCAAGGAGUUACAUGACAAUGGUCAGAAAUAUCUAAUUAUUAUGAAUCCUGGCAUCGCCAAAGACUCUAGCUACGAGCCUUAUGAUAAUGGAAGCAUGAAAAGAGUGUGGAUCCUGGGGAGCAAUGGCACUGCUGUUGGGGAGGGAUAUCCGGAACCCACAGUCUUUCCCGAUUAUAGCAAUCCAGCGUGCACCGAGUGGUGGACAGAUCAGGUCCUUAACUUUCAUAAUCGUCUGGAUUUUGAUGGAGUGUGGAUUGAAAUGAAUGAAGUAUCUAGCUUACAUCAAGCUUCUGAUCAGUGUGAAUCAAACAUCUUCAACUUUCCUCCUUUUACUCCUAGAGUUCUGGACCGCGUACUAUUUGCAAGAACCCUCUGCAUGGACACGGAAUUUCAAGGGGGCCUUCACUAUGACUUCCACAGCUUUUAUGGCUACUCUAUGGCCAGAGCCACAGACACAGCCCUGAACAAAGCCUUCAUGGAUAAAAGGAGCUUCAUCUUAUCCCGUUCUACUUUUGCUGGAUCUGGCAAAUUUGCUGCUCACUGGUUGGGGGACAAUGCAGCCACAUGGGAUGACCUCCGAUGGUCUAUCCCCAGUAUCCUUGAGUUCAACCUGUUUGGCAUCCCCAUGGUAGGUGCCAACAUCUGUGGUUAUAACAACAAUGUCACAGAGGAGCUCUGCAGAAGGUGGAUGCAGCUUGGAGCAUUUUAUCCACUAUCAAGGAAUCACAAUGGGCCUGGGUUCAGGGACCAGGAUCCCGCUGCCUUUGGUGCUGACUCCCUGCUGCUGAAUUCCUCCAGACAUUAUCUGAACAUCCGCUACACCUUACUGCCCUAUCUCUACACCCUUUUCUACCGUGCACACACCCGGGGAGACACGGUAGCAAGGCCCCUUGUACAUGAGUUCUACCAGGACUCAGCCACGUGGGAGUUGCAUGAGCAGUUCUUAUGGGGACCUGGACUCCUCAUCACACCUGUGUUAUAUGAAGGUGUGGACGAAGUGAAAGCAUAUAUACCUGAUGCCACCUGGUAUGACUAUGAGACCGGAGUGGCCAUCCCAUGGAGGAAACAGUUUGUGAAUAUGCUCCUCCCAGGUGAUAAGAUAGGACUUCAUCUGCGAGGGGGCUACAUAUUUCCCACCCAGAAGCCAAACACAACCACAGAAGCCAGCAGGAGGAAUUCCCUGGGACUCAUCAUUGCCUUGGACUAUAAGAGAGAAGCAAACGGGGAGCUGUACUGGGAUGAUGGUGUAUCUAAAGAUGCUGUAACUGGAAAGCAGUAUAUUCUAUAUGAUUUUUCUGUUACCUCUAACCAUCUACAAGCAAAGAUUCUUUUUAAUAAUUAUAUGGACACUUACAACCUAAUGUUUACAGAUAUCACAAUCUUGGGAAUGGACAAACAGCCAGCGAAUUUUACCGUCUUAUUGAAUAAUGUCGCCAUCUCCAGUCCAAGCGUUGUCUAUAGUGCUUCCACAAAGGUGGUAACCAUCACUGAUCUCCAAGGACUGGUACUGGGACAAGAAUUCUCUAUUAAGUGGAAUCUUCCUGUCGAUGACCUGGAGAAGUUCAACUGCUACCCUGAUGAUCCAACAGCCUCUGAGGAGAGAUGUAGGCAGCGGGGGUGUCUUUGGGAGCACACAUCUACUCCUGGCGUGCCCACCUGUUACUAUGACACCAUCCCUAAUUAUGCUGCCAGUGACAUUCAGUACCAGUCCACUAGCAUCACUGCAAACCUUUCCUUCCUGGCGGCCCCUGAGUUAGCACAAGCAGAGGAGUCUGGAUGGACAACACCAAUACCACCACUGCCAUCAAGGGAUGUGCCACCUCCCACUGCAGCAGCUGCUGUCGCCGCCUCUGAUUCUCCCCCUGCAAAGAUUAGCUUCCUCCGCCUGAGUGUGAUCUAUCACACAGCAAACAUGCUGCAGGUCAAGAUCUAUGACCCCACUAAUAAAAGGUAUGAAGUCCCAGUGCCACUGAACACCCCUCCCCAACCAGAUCAUGACCCUGAAAACCGUCUGUAUGAUGUCAGGAUUCAGAACAAUCCUUUUGGAAUCCAGAUUCGACGCAAAACCUCCAGCACUGUGAUUUGGGAUUCUCAACUCCCCGGCUUCACCUUCAAUGACACGUUUCUCUCCAUUUCUACACGUCUGCCCUCUCAGUACAUCUAUGGCUUUGGGGAAACUGAGCACACAACUUUCAGAAGAGACAUGAACUGGAACACCUGGGGGAUGUUUGCUCGUGAUGAGCCACCUGCGUACAACAAGAAUUCCUAUGGUGUCCACCCUUACUACAUGGCACUGGAAGAGGAUGGCAGUGCCCACGGAGUGCUCCUGCUAAAUAGCAAUGCUAUGGAUGUGACAUUACAGCCCACUCCUGCCUUGACAUACCGCACCACAGGAGGGAUUUUGGACUUUUACAUUGUUUUGGGGCCAACCCCUGAACUUGUAACUCAGCAAUACACAGAGUUGAUCGGUCGACCAGCAAUGAUUCCAUACUGGGCCUUGGGAUUCCAGCUGAGUCGCUAUGGAUACCAGAAUGAUGCUGAAAUCUCCAGUUUAUACGAUGCAAUGGUGGCAGCGCAGAUUCCCUAUGAUGUCCAGCAUGUAGAUAUCGAUUACAUGGACCGGAAGCUGGAUUUCACCCUCAGUGCCAGCUUUCAAAACCUCAGUCUCCUGAUUGAGCAAAUGAAGAAAAAUGGCAUGAGAUUUAUUCUCGUUUUGGACCCAGCCAUUUCUGGCAAUGAGACCCAGUAUCUCCCAUUCAUUAGAGGACAGGAAAACGACGUGUUCAUCAAAUGGCCUGACACCAAUGACAUUGUCUGGGGAAAGGUUUGGCCAGAUCUGCCUAAUGUAAAUGUAGAUGGAUCCCUUGAUCAUGAAACUCAGGUUAAGCUAUACAGGGCCUACGUUGCUUUUCCUGACUUCUUUCAUAAUAACACAGCUGCAUGGUGGAAGAAAGAGAUAGAAGAGCUCUAUACAAACCCUCGAGAGCCAGAGAAGAGCUUGAAGUUUGAUGGAUUGCGGAUUGACAUGAAUGAGCCAUCAAACUUUGUGGAUGGAUCCGUCUGGGGCUGCAGAAAUGAAACGCUAUAUAACAAAACCUAUGUGCCAUAUUUGGAAUCUAGGGACAGAGGCCUGAGCAGCAAGACCCUGUGCAUGGAGAGUCAGCAUAUCCUCCCAGACGGCUCCCCCGUGUGGCACUACAACGUGCACAGCCUGUACGGAUGGUCCCAGACCAGACCCACAUACGAAGCUGUGCAGAAGGUGACAGGACAGCAAGGUGUUGUCAUCACCCGCUCCACAUUUCCCUCUUCUGGACGCUGGGGAGGACACUGGCUGGGAGACAACAGAGCUACGUGGGACCAACUGGGGAACUCUAUCAUUGGCAUGAUGGAGUUCAGUCUCUUUGGAAUACCUUAUACAGGAGCAGAUAUCUGUGGGUUCUUUGGAGAUGCUGAAUAUGAGAUGUGUGUUCGCUGGAUGCAACUGGGGGCAUUUUAUCCAUUUUCCAGAAACCACAACAACAACGGGUCAAGGAGACAAGAUCCUGUGGCCUGGAAUUCAACCUUUGAGAUGUUGUCCAGAAAAGUCCUGGAGACUAGAUACACUCUGCUUCCUUAUCUCUAUACUCUGAUGCAUAAAGCUCACAUUGAGGGCAGCACUGUUGUCCGGCCCCUUCUCCAUGAGUUUACGGAUGAUAAGACAACAUGGGAUGUAGACCGUCAAUUCAUGUUGGGCCCUGCCAUCUUAAUCAGCCCUGUGUUGGAACGUAGCACAUUUGAGAUCUCUGCUUAUUUUCCCAAAGCGCUUUGGUAUGACUAUAGCACGGAAACUAGCAACAAAUCGAUAGGCGAGUGGAAAAUUCUGGAGGCUCCUCUUGACCACAUCAACCUUCACAUCAGAGGAGGCUACAUCCUGCCCUGGCAAGAGCCUGCAAUGAACACUCACUCCAGUCGACAAAAUUUUAUGGGAUUGACUGUUGCUUUGGAUGACAAUGGGAAAGCUGAAGGCCAGAUGUUCUGGGAUGAUGGACAAAGCAUUGAUACCUAUGAAAAUGGAAAUUAUUUUUUGGCAAACUUUACAGCAGCUCAGAACAUCUUGCAAAUCCAGACCAUACACAAUAAGUAUUUGAGUGACUCAAAUCCACUAAAAGUUGGAUAUAUUAGAAUCUGGGGUAUGAACUCUACCUAUGUGACACAAGUCAAUUACACCUAUGACAACAAGCCAUUUAUGGGGAGAAAUUUCCAGAGUGACCCUUAUAAACAGACACUAACUAUUCAAUUGACUGAUGACAUUAUCAACCUGGAAAAGUUAACUGAGGUUACUUGGAUUUAUGGUGAUCCUGUCCUUCCUACUCCAACUAAGACGAGUACCAUCCCAACGAGUUCUCAUCCUUCUCCAUCUACUACUAAUGCUACCAGUUCUGAGACUAUCACUGGUUCUGCCAGUGCAAAUACUACCACUGGCACUACUACUACUGCUCCUAUCACAACCACACCUUUUGCAACAAGCACUGUUGGUGUUACAGCUAGUACUACUGUUCCUGAUACAACUGCUCCUUUCCCUACAAGCACUACUACUGCUAGCACUAGCGUUACUGUUCCUAUCACAACCACACCUUUUGCAACAACUACUAUUAGUGUUACAACUAAUACUACUAUUCCUGAUACGACUGUCCUUUUCCCCACAAAUACUACUACUGGUAGCACUAAUACUACUCUUCCUAUGACAAUUACACCUUUCCCAACAAGUACUAUYARUAUUACCACUAAUACUACUGUUCCUGAUACAAUUACCCCUUUCCCUACAAAUACUACUACUGCUAGCACUAAUGCUUCUGUUUCUAUCACAGCSACACCUUUUGCAACAACCACACCUUUUGCAACAAGUACUAUUCUUGUUACAACUAGUACUACUAUUCCUAAUGCAACUGCUCCUUUCCCUAUAAGUACUACUAGUGCUAGCACUAGUGUUGCUAUUCCUGUGACAACCAAACCUUUUGCAACAAGUACUAUUGGUGUUACAACUAGUACCAUGCUUCCUGAUACAACUGCUCAUUUCCCUACAAGUACUACUAGUGCUAGCACUAGCAUUACUGUUCCUAUCACAACCACACCUUCCCCUACAAAUACUGCUGAUGCUAACACUAGUAAUACUGUUUCUAAUACCACUAUGCCUUCUCCUACAAGUAGUGCCAGUAUGAGCACUAUAGCUACUGUUUCCAUUUCAAUGACUCCUUCUAUGACAAGUACUGCUGAUGCCACCAUUAGUACUACUGUACUUAUUGCCACUACUCCUUCUCUAACAAGUACUACUGAUGUUAGCACUAAUACUACUAUUUAUAAUAUAAGUAGUCCUUUUCAAACAAGUACUACUAAUGCUAGCACUACUACUAAUGUUGCUAAUAUAACCACUACCUCUUAUACAAGUACUGAUGAUACUGUUCCAAUUACUACUAUUCCUUCUUUUGCAAAUACUGGUGUUGAUACUACUAGUAAUAGUUUUCCUAUUAUGACCACUUCUUCCUCUGAAAGUACUAAUGCUACAAACACUACUGUUAUGGUAACUACUUCUCCUACAAGUACUGAUGUUGCUAGCACAAAUAAUGAAUCUUCUGUGACAAAUUCUCUUUUACCUACAAUGUCUGCUGGUAAUAGAACUAGUAAUAGUAUUUCCAUAUCAGCUACUUCUUCUGGUAAUAUUGUUCCUAUUGUGACUACUCCUUCUCCAAGUACUGAUGCUACUAGUACAGGUAAAAAUACUAUUCCUGGGAUAACUACUUAUUACCAAACUUCUCCCACCACUCCUACCCACACUCUUACUUCUAUUCCUAGCUCUACUACUCCUAUUUUGAGCAUGUUUCCAACAAGUAAUACAUUCACUACUGAUAAAAUUACUAAUUUUACUACCCCCACAAAUGCAAACACCAUUAUUUUCAACACUCUUGAUACAAAAAGUACCAUGAUAAUGGAUGCUACAGUUGCUACUACCAGCACCAAAGAUAAUACCAUGAGUCCAGAUACAACAGUUACUUCCACAGACACAUUCACUAUACACAUCACACAGUUCACUGCUCCCCAUUCUGUUACUACUACGACUCUAGGCUUAAGCCACACAUCAUUAGCUCCUACAAAUCUUCCUAGUCUAGGCAUCAUUGAUACUACUACUGCCAGCACUACAGCCCCUAUAAUGGAUUUAGUUACUACAAGUAUUAUAAAUAUCACCACUGAGGGAAACACAAAUACAACUACAGGAGUUGCUGCAGCUACCAUGAUGACAAAUACUACUUCUAUAAAAACUACCACUGAGGUAAUUUCAACUCUACCUCAUAUAGGCACACCUGGUGCCAUCACCACAGAUGACAAGUCUCCAGCUGCACUUACCACAAAUACCACCACUACCUAUCCUCCAAAUACCCCUAGUUAUGCUUUAAAUACCACCUCCACAGACACUGGAGAUACUACUACACCAAAUACCAACAAUGCAAACAUGACCAGUAUAAUGCCAGGUGUUACAGAUGUUAUAAGUACUCCCACGACUGUUAAUGUUAGCAUCACAACUAUUCCUAUUUUGAAUACUUUUUCUACUACUUCAGACACCAUAAUUACUAAUACUGAAGACUCUGCCACUUCCUCACAUAUAAACACUGCAGAUGUUACAUCUACUACUAAAACUACUGCAAGUGCCAUUACAGUACAUAGUACCACUAUAGCUACACAUAUUUUCAACACAAAAACUACAAAUUUAAUUACUACUUCUGAUACAGCCUUUACAAACACUUACAUUUCAAGGACCACAGUUAUUCCCAUCACCAAUACUAUAAAUAGUACAGGCCAUGCAGUAAAUAUCACUGAUGCAGAUAACUCUAACAGUGUAACGGGUAACACCACACACAUUUCUGUUUCAAAUAUCACAACAGCCUUAGACACAAUAACAACUACUGGUCUAGAUUUAGAAACUUCCCAUAUGGCAACAACAAAUUCUACUACUGGGGAGGUGGCUAGUUAUUUACCUAUUACUGCAACUAGUGCUACCACAGGUACUACAAAUAUUACCAAAUAUGCUUUAAAUGCUACCACUCCUAAUAGCACAAUACAUACCUCUACUACUGCUACUUAUAUUGCAAAUGCCGUAAAUGCUACUCUAGUUCCAUGAUUACUACUCAAGGCAGGAUCGUUACCUCAGAUAACUCCUUCAAACAACUAUUACAGAUACAGAAAAUCAGUUAUGAGAUACUCUAUUUUAUGCUACUUAAGUUUUCACAAAUAUUAGUGCUCUAGCCACAAAAGACACAGCUACUCCAAACACUGUCAUCAUUGCAGACAUGUUUAGGAAGGCUUACAAUCCUUAUAGCUUUCACCAAAGAAGCUGUGGGUACUUAUUUUGCAGCCAUAAUAUGUACUCUCUUUCUUUUAAAUUAUAGUUAUUAUUUUUAUAACCUCAUCAGUUAAACUACAGAUGUUUUGUAUAUCCUAUAUAUCCUUGCUGCAGACUUCACGGGUCUCAGAUAACACCACAUUAGGCUCUAUAAAUACUAUUGUCUGAGGUGUAGUUAUUAAAAUAGUCCAACUUGUUUCUUGAGUCACAUGACAUAAUACCAUAACUGAGAGCACUAGUGAUACCCCUGGCACUCAAAUGGCUUCUAUACCAACAGUUAAUAUUACAGUAGAGUAUGUAAUUAGUCAUGCUAAAAAAAUGCACUUUAUUUUCCUAUGAACUUUUCCAAAUGGCAUAGCUACCAAUAGAGCCAUUUGCAUUACACAUACUAAUAGUAUUAUUGCUUCUGAAAAGUUCCUAACUGUAGCUACAGAUAUGGAAAAUGCUACUAUUGAAGGUCUUGUAUAACCUUACUUCAGGCAUUGAAAUAAUCUUAAGUUAUAAAUAUUACCUAUUGGUUUUACUAUCAUAGAAAAUAAAAUAAUUAUAGAUCCUAAAAACAUAAAUUCCUGAACUUUGCAACCAUUAUUUUAUAGGUACUACUAAUACUCUUACUACAGAUUUUAUAAGUACUUCCACUUAUAGAUAGUAUUCUCAGAAAAUUAUAAUCAAUCUAAAUUAUCAGAUAGUCUUAAAGCCUUGCUGUUACCACCAGUGACUGGCUCUGACUCUAGUAUAAAUCAGAAAUUAUCCAGACAGAGGUAAGAAUGUAAAUAUAUAGCAUAAGGAAGACAGCUUCUGCACUGGAAUCACAGUUCAUAAUCUUAUUUGUGUUUUCUUCUAUUCAUACAAGCUUUUCCCUUAUAAUCUCACUGUCCAGACUGUCCUUCAUUAUGUUAGGGUUAUCAGUCUGUGCCUGGUCUUUCAUAUCCAAAUUCAUCAUUUAUCCUUGAUCUUUUCUUAGAUCACUCAGACCCCCAUGAGUAGACCCAUGGUUAUUACCAAAUCUGGUCAGCUGGGUACUAUUGAAGGUUUAAUGCUGGGACAGUAUUCUCAAAGUUUAGUUCAUGGAUCCAUGGGGUGCCACAAGUUCUUAAAAUCUACUUUCACAAUGCUUCUAAGUUACCUGAUUUUUCAGUCUCAUUGUCUCAUUAGCACAUAGUGGCAUCGUCCAGAGACUCUAUGCUGUAUUGUGUCACAA